AUGGAUUCUUUGAUCGUGACUCAUCCUUCAACAUUGGUUGUAUCGAAUCUGGAACCGAUACCACAAUCAGUUGCUCCGACUCCAUCGCUUCGAGAAUCACCUCCGACUCAAGCUGGACCGUCUAAUCUGAAUACAGAUGACAAUCACGAAAUACAUCUACCUUCGCCUAGUGAAUUCGCUGGAUCAAGUAGACGUUCUUCAACCUCAUCUUAUUAUCCUAUACCGGGAUCAUAUUUCCCUCAAUCUCAACCUGGAAAUUCGAAAACGUACUAUGCCGCUUCUUCAGGAACGAAUACACCUUCAGAAAGAGAAAGACCUCGUCCAUCACCAUUGAAUAUCCCAGCUGGAACUCCAGAUGAACCUCUUUUCUCAGCUUACCCAGACACUGGGCCUUCAAAACCUGAUAGCAAAGGUAAAGGAAAAGCGUUUCAUCUGCCCCUCAAACCUUCCUUCACACUUGGUAAUGCUCCGUUAGGUAGGCGGAGAAGGGGUGAAGAAGCAGAAGAAAGUUCAGCAGAUGAAUGGAAAAUGCCUUUGUCAAUCCCAUCUUCUAGACAAUUUCGACAACAUCUUGAUCAUGAUAAUUUAAAUUCUCAGUAUCAAACAUAUCAACCGCCCCAAGAUCAUUCCACUCGACAAAAACAUCGCACGUUACCCCGUCACGGUCGUAAACGUGCUGCAACAGUAUCGACCAGUCCAACAGAGAUGGAACCUGGUGAAGGACAUAGAAAAUCAGCUUCCACUUCAGCGACUGAAGAUCAACAAUCGCAUUCUCCAACUCGGAUAUUACGAUUGAAUUCUGUACCUCGACCAAAGUCUUUAAGAGGUUUCAGGAAGAGAAGAGCUUCGUUAGGUUCUGCUCCGCCAGUAGAAACAGAAUACGAACUUCCAGGAUCAGCUUACAAUUGGAAGAAUAUGCCUGAGCACGUCGCCCAGAAAUUCGAUUCUCCACCUUUACCUUUUCAUUAUCAACAACCUGGUAAUUCGGAUUAUACCUUACGCUCAGUUUCGACCGUGACGACCGUUAGACCUUUUGGUGAUCAAAUAAUCACAUCGGGUCCGGCGCCUAUUAUUUCUGCUAGACGGUCGAGUUUGAGCACAAAUGAGCCUCCGACCUUACUUGGGUUGACCAACAUAAAUGAUAUCACUCCCAAGGCUGUGACGGAUAUUGUUAUACCGGAAGACAUGGUCAUGCCUCAUGACCCUCCUCCCCGUCAAAGCUCGUUGGACUAUGACGAAAAUGUGGUCGUGGAAAUAAGAGCGAGACUGGAUUCUGAUGGCAACAUCGCUGAUUACAAUGAAUCAUACCCACUCUCCGCUUCUUUGACAAACACAGAUACGUCAACUUCCGUUUCAGCGACUGCGUUCUCCCCUUCCGCAUCGUCAAAGGAACAUCCUCUUUCUUCCGCCACUACUUCCCUUUCUCGAAGCGCUAAAAGUGGCAAAGAGGGAGAAGAAGUGAAAGAUCCCUCCCUGUCCGCUGUCAAACUACAACGCUCACUUGAAUGGGAAGCAAAGCAGAAACGACAUCGACAUCGACUCGCAAAAACAAGGAUGAUCAUUCUCGAACUGGUCGAAACAGAGGUAGCAUAUACCGAGGACCUCAAAACCCUUUGUCAUGUAUACCUGCCUCAGCUUGCAGCUCUGCCAUCUGUCAAUGAACGAAAUGCUAAGAUGAUAGCCAGAAAUACAGAUGAAUUAUUGGUAUUUCACGCGGCUUUCGCCAGCAAGAUGGUAGAUGUACUCAAAGAAGAAGGAUUAGGCUACGAAUUUAAGCAAGAUGAUGAGGUUGAAAGUGCGGGAAAAGUCGAGAGGGCCUCCAGGAAACUGGCGUCUCUGUUUGUUGAUGAUAUCACACACUUUGGCCUAUACAGGGAGUAUUGUGCCGAGUCCAUUAUCGCUACUACCCUCGUGCGACAUAUAUCCGAUCGAGUAGAUUAUGAAGGAUUCGAGAAGAGAUGUCAGAUCAUCGGUGCGGCUCAGCCAUUCACGACUUUGAAAGAUCUAUUGGAUGAAUCGGGAUCUUCAGGUUCCCAUAAUCGAUCAAGAUUACAUUUCAAGGAUUACCUCAUUACACCUAUUCAGCGUAUUUGUCGAUAUCCUCUAUUGCUCGGACAACUCCUCGAUGCUGCUGGUCCCACCAGCCCAGAAGCGGAACAAGAAUAUUCCGAAGAAGGAUAUGACGUCGGUGUCGAUAUUGAAAGAGCUCUAGGAGCGAUGAGGGGUGUAGCUGAAGAAGCAGAUGAAGCGAGGCGUCUCAAAGAUGCCGAAGUCAAAUCUGCCACUGUCCUCGAAAGAUUAGACCCUCAUCCGAACUUGACACCUAGCUUCAUCAGGUCUUUGGGUACCUGCAGGCUCAUGGGCUCUCUUGAUGUACUGCACCAUCACCCGACUGUGGCUCCUCUCCAUCCACCAGUCAAAGUCAAAUAUCUCGCCGCAUUCCUAUAUAGGGGAUAUCUGAUUUUGGCGAAAGUCAAGAAAGGAAAGACCUAUGAAGCGAAACAUUUCUUACCGUUGGAGGUGUUUGAGUUGAUCGAUGUCACCGAAGGGUUCCUUCCUCAUUCGAUACGACUGACUCUUCGGGAACACAAUUUCGACCUCGCGGCUUCUUGUGAAGCUGAGAAGGAGAUUUGGGCUGCCGCGAUCUCCCAAGCUCGAGAUGAAAGCGUCAUACCUCCAUUCGAGCUUCCGGCUAGUGUAUCUGCGUUCCCCGUGAGAGCAAGGCGAGUUUCCACCGCUAUCUUGGGUGAUUUCGACGCAACCACCGCAGCCACAUCACAAGCGCCAACCAACAGGUACUCUGUCAGUGGAAUACCUUCUGAAUUAGAUGAAAUGACUGCCACUGCUGGAGAUAUAUCGAAACCUGCUACACCCAUGGUGUCACCCAUCAAGACUACGUUUGGAUUUACCCCUGAAAGGAAAUCUGGUCAGCCAUCGACUAUACUACUUCGAAGAGCGUCCAAUAAUCAAAGAAUGUUAGUUGAAAGAGGAUUAAACGAUCUUUUCUCAGAUAUUAUAUCGACUGUACGAUCUCGUGCUCAGCUUCAACAUACUUUGUUUUUACCUGGUAAUUCCAACUCCAUGAAUACAUCAGAGAGUCGAGAUAGAUUAUCUUUGAAAGAUUCGACAAUGUUAAGAAGAAGGAAAAGUUUCCUUGAUCAUAGGACCAGAAGUACUUCAUUUGAUAUUGCCAUUACAGGUGAAAUCAAAGGAUCUGUAAUCGAGUUAAGACCUUCAAGAUCUAUAGGCGGUAAUGGAAAUACAAGGUAUAGGACUUUGCCAUCUGCUUCCUCUACAAGUCUCAGUCAGCAACGUAGAAGAGCAGGUUCAAUCAGUUCUAUCAAAUCUGGAGAAGGCGAUGAAUCUGCGACUGCGACAGGUAUAUCAAUGUCUGAAUUUGGCGGAGUUACAGGAGGUGGUGGUGGUCAUAUACCACCUGGAGGGUAUUCAAGAACCAAUUCAGUUGGAUCUUUCACCUAUUCACCAAUGAUCACUCCGAGACGAUCAUUAUCUUCUUUAAGGACUUACGAACCAGAUGCAAUAAUGAUAAAAUCGACAUCUAGGAAUCACUCACAACCACCUUCAUCUAUUUCUCGUUUCCCACCAAUCCCACCAAGAAGUAAAUCAUUCAAAAUUGAACCUGUUGGAAAACCGAAAACAUCGUUAUCGAACUCAUCAUAUAAUUUGUCUUCAUUACCUUCUCAUCUUAUAAGAGCAAGAAGUACACCUGCUUCACCGAUAUUAUCACCUUCACCCUCUCACGAGAAUGUGGAUACACCCAAAACAUCGCACGCUUUACAGAAGAGUAGAUCUGAUGAAUCGCCCAAUAAGAACACCCAUUCAAGAGACGAUCAACCUAUCUCUCCUGAAAUGUCUGAACCAAAUUCGGAAGGCUUCACUACGGAAUAUUUCAUUCCGCCACCUCAUGGAUCACCCUCUAUUGAGACCAUAGGCACGAAUCCUCCGUACUCAAUAUCAAGAAUGCAGUCGCAAACUCGAUCGAUCACCAAAGGCGACAUGGAUAAACCGUUAACUAAUACUUGGGGCACACUGAGAAGAUCAAUGUCUUUUUUACCUCUUCGAAGAGGUAAUAGUAUGACUAGUAUGUCAGAUCUUGGGGCAACACAUAGGAAUUCAACAAAUCUAGAAGUCAAUCUGUCAGGAUCUGGUUCAGGUUCCGGCUCGGCUUCCGGCACAGGAUCGGAAGAGAACAUAAGUAAUCGAUUCUCGACUGAGAAGAGUAUGAUCAGAUCAACUGGACAAGAUGAUAAUGAUACUUCAAAUACUGGUGAUGGUGAAGGAAACGAUAUGAUGAAUACCGGUGGAUGGAGGAGUGCUCCUACCACCCCUAAAAGGAAGAAGAGUUUGAGAUUGUUCGGUCUGACUUCAAGAUUUACUCCUAUGUAA